UUCGUUUCCUUCCACAACCAUCCACCAAUGCGCUCUGCUGCAAUUCUGACUGUUGCCGUGCUCGCGCUCGCCGCCUGCGCCUCGGCCCAAUUCAUCAGCGUCAAGUCUGCCUCCGUCUGGCUGACCCCCACCCAAGGCAAUGUCGCCCAGGGCACCAUCCGCCUCGACGUUGUGUCCGAGCAGCUGACGCGCAUCACGGCAAACAUCACUGGCUUGGCAGCGAACAGCGUGCACGGCUUCCACAUCCACGAGCUCGGCGCGCUGGACGCCCAGGGUCUUGCCUCGGGUGGCCACUACAACCCCUUCAAUGUGACACACGCGUGCCCCGGCACUGGCGCUGCAGUCCGCCAUGUCGGCGACCUCGGCAACAUCAAGGCCGACGCCAACGGCAACGCUGUCUACGAUGAAGUCAACGAGCUCGUCAAGCUGAACGGCAUCACCUCUGUCAUUGGCCGUGCUUUCAUUCUCCACCUCAACCCCGAUGAUUGCGUCACUCAGCCCGUCGGCAACGCUGGCUCCCGCAUCGCUCAGGGCGUUAUUGGCAUUCUGAUCGAGAACUAAAAAUGCACUUGGUUUCGAUGGCAAUCUCUGCGUGUUUGUUAUUUUUAUCUGCUAGUCAACUCGACAGUGCUGUUGCUGCGACUUUGCGACCUUUUAUCUCGGUGCGAUCGGCUAGCCUUCAGCGAGAGGCAGCCCGAUUCGAGCAUGUCGAUAGUUUUGUUUUUCAGCCGCCAAUACACUGUUGCCUAUUCCCGAUUGUCGGGGUUG